AUGAAGCAAAUUGAUCCACCCUUCACUUCCUCACGGCAAGCCAGAAAUCAGCCUGCGGGACAAGAGCCUGUUGCCAUUGUGGGUUCUGCCUGCCGAUUUCCAGGAGGCGCGAGCAGCCCCUCCAAGCUAUGGGACUUGUUAAGACAACCACGGGAUGUCCUUCGAACGAUACCUGAAGAUCGCUUCAACCCCGAGGGCUUCUAUCACCCCGACGGCACGCACCAUGGCACCAGCAACGUUACCCAAUCAUACCUGCUUGAGGAAGACCCGCGCGUCUUUGAUUCGGGCUUCUUCAACAUAAAGCCAGUGGAAGCUCACGCCACUGACCCUCAGCACCGCAUCCUUCUCGAAACUGUUUACGAGGCCCUGGAGUCCGCGGGCCUGCCCAUGGAGGGUAUGGCUGGCUCGCAAACGGCUGUUUACGUCGGCCAGAUGUGGUGCGACUACAACGACCAUCUGCAGCGGGACAUGGACAGCCUGCCCACCUAUGCCGGUGUAGGAACCGCGCGUAGCAUCCUGUCGAACCGCAUAUCUCACUUCUUCGACUGGCAUGGUCCGUCGGCCACCAUUGAUACGGCAUGCUCAUCUAGUUUGGUGGCCGUUUACAACGCCGUUAUGACAUUGCGGAAUGGAGACGCUCCGGUAGCCGUCGUCGCUGGGGCCAACAUCAUCCUGACGCCGGAGCCGUACAUCGGCGAGAGCAAGCUCAAGAUGCUCUCCCCCGAUAGCCGGUCGCGCAUGUGGGACGAAGACGCCAAGGGAUACGCGCGUGGCGACGGCGUGGCCGCGUUGGUCUUGAAGCCCUUGUCGGCUGCCGUGGCCGAUGGCGACCACAUUGAGAGCGUCAUUCGUGAGUGUCUCGUCAACCAAGACGGCCGAACAGCAGAAGGAAUUACCGUCCCAAGCUCGGAGGCACAGGCCGAGUUGAUUCGGAGAACGUAUGCGAAGUCAGGGCUGGAUGCCACGAACGUGGACGACCGUUGCCAGUACUUUGAAGCUCAUGGAACUGGUACUGGUGCGGGCGACCCGAGGGAAGCCAGAGCUAUUGCGACGGCGUUCUUUGGACCGAAUCAUCGGAGCGAUGACCCCUCUGACAAGCUGUACGUUGGCUCUAUCAAAACCGUCAUCGGUCAUACGGAGGGCACAGCUGGUAUAGCAGGCAUCCUCAAGGCGUCUCUGGCUGUUCAACAUGGCGAAAUCCCGCCCAACCUUCUCUUUGACAAGUUGAGCCCCGCCGUUGCUCCGUUCUAUACCAACCUCGAGAUCGCGACAGAGGUUAAGAGCUGGCCGCUGCUUGCACCAGGUGCUCCUCGCCGAGCAAGCAUCAACAGCUUCGGUUUUGGAGGCACCAACGCCCACGUGAUCCUUGAGAGUUUCAACAAGAUCACGGCGCACGACAGCAACCACCUCGAUAACGGCGGCGAUCCCAGUGGCCACUGGCUGUCUCCGUUUGUGUUUUCCGCCUCCUCGGAAAAGUCGCUGAGGGCUAUGAUCCAACAGUACAUUGCCUACCUCGAGGACAACCCGAACACAAACGUUCGCGACUUGUCAUUCACCCUCUCGAGACGCUCUGUCCUGGCUUGUCGAGUUGCCUUUCCUGCCCAGUCGGUUGGUGACCUAGUGGCAAAGUUGGCUGAGUGGUUGAAGAAGGCUAAAGCCAGCCCAGACGGGCUACAUAGCACGCGCUACUCUGGCGGCGCCGCGGGCCAAAGCCGCAUCUUGGGCGUCUUCACGGGUCAAGGAGCCCAAUGGGCGGCCAUGGGAAAAGAACUCAUCACCAGCUUCUCCCGCGUCCGUUCUGUCCUUCUGGAGAUGGAUCGGUCUUUGGCAACUUUACCACACAACGAUCGGCCACAGUGGUCCAUUGUCGAUGAACUUGAAGCCGACCAGGGCCGAUCUCGUGUUCAUCUGGCCGCUUUCUCGCAGCCACUUUGUACCGCCGUUCAGGUUGUUCUGGUGGACCUGCUGCGAGACGCAGGCAUUCGGUUCAAGGCCGUCGUGGGUCAUUCUUCCGGAGAGAUCGGUGCGGCAUACGCCGCCGGCUUCAUCACGGCGGCCAGCGCCAUCAGAAUUGCAUACUACCGCGGACGAGCCACCGCGCUGGCCGGGAACAACAGGCCGCAAAAGGGGGCGAUGAUGGCCAUCGGCACGACGCUUGAAGAUGCCGAGGAGUUUUGCAACGUCGACACUCUGAAGGGACGCAUCUGGAUCGCCGCAGUCAACUCGCCGUCGAGCAUCACCCUUUCCGGCGACGCCGACGCCAUGGAGGAAGCCCGUCUGAUUCUCGAAGACGAGGGCAAGUUCGCCAGGCUCCUCAAGGUGGACAAAGCCUACCACUCGGAGCACAUGCGUCCUUGUGUAGAGCCCUACCUGCAGGCCAUGACGGACUGCGAUGUCAGACCGACGCCGGACGCCGAUGACUCCUGCGCCUGGCUCUCCAGCGUGCGCGCCGAUUCCAGGAUGCAGUCGCGGGAUCCGGACCUGGCAGGGCAAUAUUGGUGCGACAACAUGGCCCUCCCGGUUCUGUUUGCCAACGCUAUGCAGAACGCGUGGGAGCAGCAAGGCCCUUUCGAUGCCGUGGUCGAAGUCGGGGCCCAUCCGGCCCUCAAAGGGCCUUGCUUGGAGACACUGCAGGGACUAGACGAGACAGCAUCCUCUCUCCCCUACACCAGCCUGCUAUACCGGAACCAGAACGACGUCGGGUCUUUCACCAAAGGCCUCGGGGUGCUCUGGCAAAACCUCAGAUCCGGAUCCGUCGACCUCGAGGGUCUCGAUCGCCGCAUUUCUCCGGGUUCCUCGUCUCCUCGACUCUUGAAGGGCCUCCCAUCUUAUGCUUGGGACCACGAUCGCGUUUAUUGGCACGAGUCACGGCUGAGUCGAGCGUACCGCACGCGCCCAGUCCGGCCUCACCCGCUCCUUGGAACGCUCAAAUCAGACGGUGUGGCUAAGGAGCUGCGAUGGCGUAACCUGCUGCGAGUCUCCGAGGUUCCUUGGAUCAAGGGCCAUACUCUCCAAGGACAAGUUGUGUUCCCGGCGGCUGGCUAUAUCGUCACCGCAAUGGAGGCAGCUCUGACUCUGGCCGGAAGUCGAUCUCCUUGCCUCCUUGCAGUCAGCAAGGUGGUGAUCAGUCGGGCGCUUACGCUUGAGGACGACGUCGAAGUCGAGACCCUGGUUUCGCUGUCCAACAUCACCACCGAGGCUUCUGAUGUUGUGACUGCGGACUUUGAGUUCCACGCAUUGCUUCGCCGAGACGCUUCAGAUCUUACUCUCCUCGCCACGGCUUCUGUUGAGUUGACGCUGGGGUCUGCUACAGACUCCGUGGAGUACACCGCCGCAUCUUUGCCCUCCAGAGAGCUUGGUGGUGAGCAGCCGAAUCUGCUCGAAGUCGACACAGACGACUUUUACGACUUCUUGGAAGAGGUUGGGUAUGGAUACACUGGACCGUUCCGGGCUCUCAACAAGAUGCAACGAAAGCUGGACUACGGCACUGGAUGCCUGGACGUGCCGCAGGAGAGCUGGGAUGGUUCCGCUGUCCUUUUGCACCCGGCCUUCCUCGACGCAUCGUUCCAAGCCAUCUUUCUUGCCAUGGGCUGGCCUCGAGACGCGGGUCUAGUUGAGGUCUUCGUCCCUACCGAGUUCCAGAGCAUCAAGGUCGACGUGCCCAGCUGGAGAGCGGCGAUGGUCCAAACUACUUCGGCCUCCCCGUUGAGGUUUGACUCCAGACUCCGUCAUACUCCAGAGUCGAUCACGGGAGACGUCGAGGUUUUCGCCGCCGCCAACAACGCCACCCUCAUUCAGGUUGAGAACAUCAAAGUCGUGCCGUUCUCGCCCGAGGGUGCCGCAUCCAACAGGCAGCUGUACUCCAAGACUGUCUACUGGCCAGUAACAGUCGACGGAGUCACGGCAUCUGGCAGCCGCCUGCCUACAGACCAGGAGCUGGAGAUGGCCUGGGAUUUGGAACGGGUGGCCAUCUAUUUCCUCCGUACCAUCGAAGAGGAGUUUUCCGAUCCUGUUUCACGGAACAGUAUUGCGCUUCAUCAUCAAUACUUCUUCGACUUCAGCAACGACAUCUUGUCACGCGUUGCCGGAAGCACCAUGCCGUAUGCUAAGAAGGAAUGGAUCCACGACACUUGGAACGAUGUUGUGGACAUCUUCCAUCGGUAUCCGGACAGUCUUGACCUCCAGCUGAUGCAGAAGGUCGGCAUCAACAUGGCUGCGUCCAUCCGGGGCGAAACCAACCUGGUCGAGAUCUUGUUCAAAGACGACUUCAUGGACAGGUUCUACGCUGGAGCCCUGGGCCUUGACCUCACCAUGGACUGGCUCGGCCGCAUUGCCGUCCAGCUAUCGCGACGUUACCCCCACAUGAAGAUGCUCGAGUUGGGCGCCGGCACAGGAGGCGCCACCAAGAGCGUCUUCAAGCACAUUGGCGACCAGUUCUCCUCGUACACCUUUACAGACAUCUCGGCCGGCUUCUUCCCCACAGCGAUGAACGUCUUCAAGUCCCCCAAGAUGGUCUUCAAGGUACUCGACGCCGAGAGGGACGUCGUCGAGCAAGGAUUCGAGGAAGGGGGUUACGACCUUCUCAUCGCGUCCAAUAUCCUGCACGCAACCGCCAAGCUCGACGACACUCUUCGCAACGCACGACGGCUCCUCAAGCCCGGAGGAUACCUCCUGAUUGCCGAAGUGACUUGCGCCGACGUGGUCCGAGUCCGAUUCCCUUUCUCCGCUCUGCCCGGCUGGUGGCGUGGCCAUGACGACGGGCGGCCGCUCACUGCGACCAUCGAUACCACCGAAUGGCAUCAAAGACUCGUCAGGACGGGUUUCUCAGGAAUCGACGCCGUUACUCCCGAGUUCGAGCCCCUGGCCUGGCCAUCGUUGAUCGUCUUGUCUCAGGCCGUCGAUGACCGCGUCUCGUUCCUGCGCCAGCCUCUGUACCAUCAACCGUCGACGCUUGCUCCUUCAGCCGAGGCAGACAACGAGGAGAGCCAACAGCAACAACUCGUUCUUGUCGGAGGCCAGACCAUGCAAUCAUGCAGCCUCCUGGGGCAGGUUAGCCGUAUCCUAGCACCGUGGUUCGCUGGCACGGGGAUCAUCCGGAUCCGCUGCCUUGAGGAUCUGAACAAGUCAGAUGUGCUUGGGCCAAGAUGCGUCGUCAUCAACCUUGCCGACCUCGACAAACCUGCUCUAGAGGACCUCACGGAAGCGUCCUUGGCCGGUCUCAAGAAGCUCCUUGAGCGUCCGCAUUGUCUACUGUGGGUUACCAGUGGCUGCCGGGAGCAGUCUCCGAAGAUGAACAUGAGUGUCGGCUUGGGCCGCGUGCUCAUCCACGAAAUGCCUGGACUCCGGCUACAGUUCCUGGACAUGGACGACCCUUUCAGCGCCGGAGCGCCCCGGUUCGUCGCCGAGAGCUUCCUUCGUUGGAAGGCGCUCGCGCAGUACGAGUCUGAAGACACCCCCCUAUUGUGGGCGCGCGAGUACGAGUUGGUCCUGGAAGACGACGUGCUCAAGGUUCCUCGCAUCGCGUACGACGACCAGAUGAACCUGAGAUACAACGCUUCGAGAAAGGUAGUCACACAGAACACUGACGUCAAGGACGUUUCUGUCUACUUUUGUCGUUCCGGAUCUUCCUGGAGGUUCGUCCAGUCACCAGAAGCCCGGCCUAGCUCUUUCAGCCGCCGAGCAAACGCUAGUGACCCGCUCGAUGUCUUCUUCUCUUCAGCCGUCCCGUGCUACGGCGGGCUGUACGCCGCUAUCGCGGAAAACCCGAAAACUCACGUUCCGCAUGUCACCUUGUCGAAGGUUAACGGCUCGAUUCUUACGGAAAGCGACUUGACAGCGGAACUUCCCGUCGACGCUCGAAAAGAAGACUGGGGGGUUUACUUGUCGUCGUUGGUUGUCGACCUCCAAGCCGCCAGUAUUGUUGAUGCCAUCCCUCAGCGCUCUUCCGUCCUUCUCCAUGAGCCAAGCCCCAGCCUGGUCCAGUCGAUCCUACCAAGGGCCUUGGAAAAGAACAUCGUCGUCACCUGUUCUUCCUCUCCCGCGAGAAAUCCAGCUUCAUCGACAAGCUGUGCUUGGGUCCUGAUAGAAGCAAAUACGCCCGUUAGGGUGGUACGAUCCCAGCUGCCGUCAGAUUUGGACGUCUUUGUCGAUUGUCUUCCCGGAACCCGAAACUCUAACUUGCCGGAAUCUCUUCGAAACGCUCUUCCCAGAACUUGUUGGCAACUGAACCUUCGCGAAGCCAUUUAUCGCAAGCCUGCACAUUCAUCCGCCCCAGCCGCGGUACUCUCGGCUGCUGUCAAAGGCAUCAACUCCAAACUCGCCGAAAGGGCUGACGUCCAGACAAAGACUCCCCAAGAGCUCGACCUUUCUCAAGACCUAGAAAAUGGGCUCUCGCUGGUCAUCGACUGGCGAUCUGGCUCAACUUCGGUGGUGCCUGCGAUGGUGCCUCCGCUGGAUGCCUACGUUUCUUUCAAGCCAGACCGCACCUACGUUCUCUUUGGACUGACGAGUGAUCUUGGUCAAUCGCUUUGUGACUGGAUGGCUGCUCGUGGUGCUCGUCAUAUUGUCAUGACAAGUCGUAACCCGAAUGUCGAUGCCGUAUGGCUUUCGGCCAAGGUGAAAGCGGGAGUUUCGAUCAGGGUCUUUGCCAAUGACAUCACCGAUGAGGGGGCGCUCCGUGAUGUGGUCGAUGACAUCCGGAAAACGAUGCCCCCGAUUGCCGGCAUUGCCAACGGCGCCAUGGUUCUUCGCGACAAGCUUUUCCUCGACAUGCCUCUGGAAAACAUGACGCAGACGCUCCACACCAAGAUGAAGGGCAGCAUAUACCUCGAUUCGAUAUUCGGUGACCAGUCCGAGUUUGACCUGGACUUCUUCGUCUUCUUCUCCUCCAUUGCCGCCGUGACCGGCAACCGGGCCCAAUCCAACUACAGCGCUGCCAACAUGUUCAUGACUGCUCUGGCCAACAACAGGAGAGCCCGGGGGCUCCCUGCCUCGGUCAUGCACAUUGGCGCCAUCAUGGGCGUCGGCUACAUGGCUCGGAACCUGAACCGCGCCAUUCUGGACAACCUUUGGAGCGCCGGCGCGACGUGGAUCUCGGAGAAGGACUUCCACAACUGCUUCGGAGAGGCGGUGCUCGCCAGUCGCCCUGGCAAUGGUCUCAAUGACGACCCCGAGUUCAUUGUCGGACUGCGCCAGCUGGUUCAGGGACGCGAUAGCAGCGACAAGGUCCUCGUCAUGGACGAUCCGCGAUUCAGCCACCUGGUCACCAGAGACGUCUCCCAGGAAGAUGAUUCCGCUGGGGAGAUGGGAGGGAGAAAGUCCACCUCGAUCAAGCACCUUCUCAAGACUUCCAAGACUCCAAAGUCGGUGGAAAGGAUCGUCCGCGGUAAGGCCUUUCCUAGAGUCAUGUUUUUUGAUUCGGCAGAGAUUUCUAAUGAGGAUGUUACAGAGGGCUUCAUUGCCAAGCUGAUUUCUACCCUGCAGCUGGAUGCCCAGAUGCCCGAGUCUGAGAUCCUCGCUUCAAGGGCGGAUGAGCUCGGGGUUGACUCCCUGGUGUCCGUCGACUUCCGCAGGUGGUUUUCUGGGGAGAUGUCUGUGGAAAUGCCUGUCCUCAAGCUACUAGGCGGCAGCACCGUAUCAGAGCUCAUCGCUUUCUCGUUGGAGAAGCUCCCUCCUGCGUCCACGCCCGAUCUCGGCUCAGGGGAUGACGAGGAAGAAAUCGAGGAGAAGCCGGAGCCAAAGACUGAACCCCCGCGCCAGAUGUCCAAAGCCGCAGCACCUCCCAAAGUACCUGCUGCGGCCGGGGCCAGAGUGUCGAGGGAAACGCCUUCGAUGAUUCCAGUCCUUGAGAUGCUCGGCGUCCAGACCGAGAUCGAGACAGGCGGACAAUCUUUGCCAGCUUCCGCCUCCUCGGGUUUUACGUCUUCCUAUCUCGAUGACCGCUUCUCUGACAGCGAAGGCGAGGGUGUUGUCUCGCUGCCAAGCUCCGCCGGGUCAUUGUUCUCCGAGCCAGCCAGCCCAACAAAAGCCGACCUUGAUCAAGUUGCCAAUACGGUUCCUAUGUCGGCCGGCCAAUCUCGCUUCUGGUUUCUGAUGCAUUACGUCGUGGACAAAUCAGCCUUCAACAUCACCUUCUGGGCCCGACUGAGAGGAAACAUCCGAGUUGACCAACUCGCCAGGGCGGUCGACAUCGUCGCCAACGCGCAUGAGUCGCUGCGUACCUCAUUCGGUAUGUCACAGGACGGGAAGCCAAUCCAGAUGAUCCUGAACAAGUCUCGUUUGAGGCUGGAGCACAGCAAGAUCCGGGAGGAGGCAGAAGCGAAAGAGCUCUUCAACGACCUCAAGGCGUACGAAUACGACCUCGAGGGCGGCGAACUUGUGCGGUUCAACCUCCUGACACUCUCUGACCAGGUUCACUAUCUGGUCAUCGGCUAUCACCAUAUUGCUCUCGACGGUAUCAGCCUGGAGGUUCUUCUCAGCGACGUUGAAAAGGUCUACUCCGGUGGAGCUCCGCCAUCGCCUGUCCAGUACUCCGAGUACAGCGCGAGACAAAACAGGGAGCUCCAGACGUCUGGUUUCUCCGAAGAGAAGAGAUACUGGGCCGCCGAGCUUUCCAAUCCGGCCCCGUCUGUUCUCCCGCUUCUUCCUUCUGCCAAGGUGACACAGCGGCGGCCGCUGGAGCAAUACUCACACGAGCACGCUCAGGGACGCAUCAGCCUGGCCGUCACCAGGGCAGUCCAAGCCGCUUGUCGACGCACCAAGACGAACAUGUUCCACUUUCUGCUCGCCACGUACGCCGUCCUUCUGAACCGCUACUUGCAAGUCCAAGAUUUCUGCAUUGGCAUGGCAGAUGCCGGGCGAGAAAUGGGCGCCUUUGCCCACAGCAUCGGCAUGUACCUGAACUUGCUGCCGCUGCGGUUCGCCAUUGAUGACCGACAAGCCUUUGCCGACGUACUCACGCACGCCAGACGCAAGGCGCAAGCGGCUGCGGCUCAUGGACGCCUGCCCUUCGAUCUGAUCCUCCAGGCAGCGGGCGUUGAGCGCUCCGAGACGCACAACCCCUUGUUCCAGGCUUUCCUCAACUACCGGCCCGGCGUGAGCGAAAGGCGCGAGUUCUGCGGCUGUGAGGGCCAGGGCGAGGACUGGGUCAGCGGCGCAACAUCGUACGACGUCAUGCUCGAUGUGAUCGAGAACCCAGAGGGCGAGACGACGCUCCGCUUUGAUGUCCAGGGAUCUCUCUACUCCAAAGACGAUGCGCAGACUCUGAUGGACAGCUACCUGGCCCUCCUCGAAGCGUUUGCCAACAACACAAGCUUGCCAGUCGACGAGCCCUCCCUUUGCUCAGCCAACGAGAUUCAACGAGCUUUGGCGCUGGGUAGAGGCCCGGAACACGUUUCCGAGUGGCCCGAGACGGUCCUACAUCGCAUCGAUAGGAUCGCCGCGCAACAGCCGAACUCCGUCGCCAUCAGCAAUGGCUUUGGGUCCACCGCUACCUACGGCGCCAUGCAGAGAUGUAUCCAAACCAUCGCCCAGACCAUCCUCGGCAACACCCAGGGUCGAAGUGCUGGUCUCAUCGGGGUCUUCUGCGAGCCAUCCAUCGAUGCCAUCUGCAGCUUGUUGGCCGCCAUGCGGGUCGGGUUCGCCUACGUUCCUCUCGAUCCAACUCUGCCCUCGGAACGGCUCGCCGCUCUGGUUGAGAGUGCUCGUCCUCUUCUGAUCCUGGCUCACGACGAAACCAUUGACCGGGCCAAAGAGCCCAGCUCUUUUGUAGGCCACAUACCUCUCAUCAACGUUUCGCGCCAGCGUUACCUCCCUCGAGACCCUGUUCCCAUCUCUGCCAGGUCGCAGGACACCAUGGCGGUCCACUUCACGAGCGGGACCACGGGCACUCCCAAGGGCGUGGUUCUCUGCCACGACACGGUCGUCAACGUGGUCGAGGCAUGCGCCGACAUUUACCGAACGGCGUCCAACGUCGUGCUCCAGCAAACGGCUCUCAACUUCGACAUGGCCCUCUGGCAGGUUCUGGUGACGCUCUGCUCCGGCGGCAAGCUGAUUGUGGUUCCGCAAGACAAGAGGCUGGACAUGACGACCGUCACCCGGCUCAUUCGUCAGGAGGAAGUCACCCUCACCAUCGCCACUCCGUCCGAAUACUCGGCCUGGCUUUCACACGGCGCCGAGGACCUCCGGCGGAACAGACAGUGGCAGAUUGCCGUUAUCGGAGGGGAGCAGUACUCGGCUCAAGUGGACAACGGCCUCAGAACUUUGCAACUGCCACACCUGCGGCUGAUGAACUUCUAUGGACCCUCGGAAGUGAGCUUCGUCUCGCAUUACAUGGAGGUCUUUCCUGGGAUGGUCUCCGGGGACGGGGCAGUCCCCGUCGGGUCCCCGCUGCACAAUUACGCCGCUUACGUCCUGGACUCGAGCCAAAGACCCGUGCCUAUUGGCAUGACUGGCGAGGUCUACAUCGCCGGCGCCGGCAUCUGCAAGGGCUACCUGGGCAACCCAUCCUUGACCGGCCAGAAGUUCGUUAGCGACCCGUUCGUGCGUUCCGACCUCGCCAAGUCUCGCGGCUGGACUCGCAUGUACCGCACAGGCGACAAGGCCAGGAUCAACCAGGACGGGACGCUCUCCAUUCUCGGACGCAUCGACGGCGACGCCCAGCUCAAGAUCAGAGGCGUGCGAAUGGAGCUGGAAGAGAUCGAGCGGGCCCUUCUGAAGCAGUCCGACGGCCUGCUUGAGCAGGUUGUCGUGUCACCUCGGGGGGAGGGCGAGAACCAGUACCUCGUGGCGCAUGCACUACUGAGCGCCAGAGAGCACGAUGGUGGAAGACACAACUGGCAUGACAACGAAGCUGUCCACCACCAGCGACUCAACGCUGUCUUGAAGAACCUCACCGGUCUUCCGAGAGUCAUGCGACCGGCUACCAUCGUCCCAGUUACCGACCUGCCGCUGACAGUCCACAAGAAGAUUGACCGGCGAGCUGUGGCGGCUCUGCCAGUCAGGGAACUUCGAAAUCAGCAAAACUUGACCGCCAACAGGCCAUCGGAAGCACCAUUGAACGAUACAGAACAAGAGAUGCUGCGUAUUUGGAGCCGGGUUCUCGGCCGGGGUCCUAUUGAAGUCUCGGGGCCUGCUUCUCAAGUGGACUUUUUCAACCUCGGCGGCACCUCGCUUCAGCUUGUCGGCGUCCAAGCCGCGAUCCGGGGUCACUUCCAAGUUUCUGUUCCGGUGCUUGACCUCUUCAAGAAGAGCAGCCUGGCGGCGAUGGCGCAGCUCGCUGCCCCCGGCACCGAGUCGACAACCCCCGACGACGACGAGGCAGAUAUAAUCGACUGGGAUGCCGAAACCCGUUUACCAGACCCGCCAUCAUCUACCGUCACCUCCUGGCAGCGUCCCAGUACCGCACAUCGACGACUACCACACGUUGUGGCGUUGACUGGCGCAACAGGGUUUGUCGGCCAAGCCAUCCUGCGCUCUCUGCUCGCCACGCCUUCCACCCAGACGAUCCACUGCCUUGCAGUUCGCGACCCAUCGCGGCUCGGGGCGCUCAGGGGCAACCCCAAGAUUGUGAUCCACGAGGGUGACCUUCGACACCCCUCCCUUUCCCUCGACGCUCAGACGAGGGACCAGCUGGCGCAGUCCAUCGACCUGAUCAUCCACAACGGCGCCGACGUCUCCUUCUUGAAGCCGUACGCAGCCCUGCGCGCCCCCAACGUCUCGAGCACCAAGUUCCUGGCAACCCAGCUGGCGGCGCCCCGGCAGAUCCCAAUCACCUACAUCUCGUCGGCCGUCGUCGGCCGUCUCGCGCCGGAGCUGGACGUCUUCGCGCCGGUCCCCAUGUCUCACCGCCCGCCCCCGCCCGGGUACCGCGACGCGUACGGCGCCUCGAAAUGGGCCAGCGAGGUCGUGCUGGAGAACGCCCGCCGCGACCUCGGCGUGCCGGUGACGAUCCGCCGGCUCUCGAGCGUGACGGGGCCCGGCAUCCCCGGCUCGGACGUCAUGGGCAACCUCGUGGCGUUUUCCGAGAAGCUCGCGGCCGUGCCGGUCACGCGCAAGUGGGAGGGCGUGUUGGACUUCGUGUCGGUCGAGCACGUCGCCCAGUCGGUGGUCGCCGACGCCAUGCGAGCCCACCGCGCCGAGGAGGUGCGGUAUCGCCACGACUGCUCGGAUGAAGUGCUGCCCCUGGACGGCGAUGGUGUCAGCAGGUUUGUCAGCCGGAGGCUGAAGGGACAGCCCGUCGCGGUCGUUUCCAUGCUUGAUUGGGUUCGGAUGGCCAGAGGUGCUGGCAUGAGCAACUUGGUCGCAACGUUUCUGGAGCAAGCAGAGAAGGAGCCUGGUUUUACAAAGUUUCAAAGACUUUUGAGGACUGGUUAG